UAGGCUUGGGGGAGAAAGCGUCUCAACAUAACCCGAGUCGAGGAGCUGGAGACUUCACUCUUGGCGCGGACGGAGAUUCAACAGGAAGUUUCAGAUGAUGGAGAGUAAUGCGAGGAGUGUGAUGGUGGUGGUGGUGGUGGUGGUGGUCGCCAUGGUUACCUUCACCCAGGCAUACGUUCCAGGACCAACCGACCUUCGGUACCCGGACGAUAUCGUGUUUCCUAAAGUGGAGUGUGUAAAUGAAGGCUCAUUCAUCCACCCCAGAAACUGUUCCUGGUACUAUAGGUGUGUAGACAGAAUGCACGUUGGUCACUACCACACGUAUCACUUUAUGUGUGAGAGAGGCACAGUGUUCUCAGACGAGCUGGAUCAAUGUAUUUUCCCAUACCUGGUCCCGCCUCCCUGUGGUACUGCCACACAGUCUUCAUCAACAACCCCAACAACAACCACCAUAACAACUUCAACAACGCCAACAACCACAACAACAACGCCAACCACAACAACGCUAACAACCAUAACAACGCCGACAACCACAACAACGCCAACAACCACAACUGUACAUUCUCUGAACCUUCUUGUUUCAGACUCAACUCUGUGUCCAGCUAAACUUAGAUCAGAAGUAAUGACUAACUCCAUCAACACACUGAGCUGCUCCCACUACAACACCCGCCCCCGAGAGCCCUGGAUCUUUAGUCAGUUGUGUGAAGACUUUGUUCUGUGUGGAACUGAUGGCAGUGACAAGGAGACUCGCACACUCUGCACCAGCUUUUUCCAAUGUGUGGAGACUGAAGAAGGCAAGUGGACCUCACAGAUGAGGAACUGCGUUGGUGGCCGCAUGUACAGCUAUGAUACCGACACUUGUGUCUCCAAGCCUACAGAGCACGAGAUGUGUGGCCGAGGAUACUGA